GUUAGUGUUUAAAAUUACCAACCAUAUCAGUAAGUACACAAAAUUCAUGAAUUGUUGUUGAUCGGCUUUUGGUUGGAAAGGGUUUCUAAUCUCUCUCUCUCGCUCUUUCUAUUCUGUUUCAUUUUGUGGUUUGUCUGUUGCAUCAUUCAUCUCUGUAUCUGUAUUGGUAUAUAAAACCGCCCCGCCGUAUGAAUCCGGUCCAUCCAGCCUGGUUUUGGGUAUUCCGGCGGUUCCAAAAGCAGUUUUCCGGCGAACCCAGAUUGAUAGAUAGAUGAUGGAGAAAGACCCACUUCUUCCCUAUAUCAGCCCUAGACGCCUACAACCAUCAACAGCAGCAGCAUCACCACCACCAUCACUUUGUCCCCUCCCUGAAGACGAUGAAAUCACCAUUCCUGUGCCUCUGACCCCAUCAGAACUCAAGGACCGCCUCAUCUUUGGCCCAUCCUCUCCACCCUCCUCCUCCUCCUCCUCAAUUGACCAAUCUUCAACAACAACAAGUCUUGUUGAUGCCUUAACAACCCUAACCCUCAACUCCCCCAAAUUCUCCUCCAUCCCUCCUUGCUGUUCUUCCUCCACAGACCCAACUAUCAAUUCAGCAGACCCAUUAAACCAACAGUCUUGGUUGAAUGAUCCCAAUUAUCCAUGGAACAAGAGCAAUCUCCAUAGGUCCAAAACUGCCCCUGCCAUGGCUGCCAUCAAUGAUCUUCACUGUUCCUCUAUAGCUAAACCACCUCAAUUCGGUUCUUCUUCUUCCAUUAUUCGUCAGGCUUUUCUUCUUUUGAUUAUGUAUUUGACGUUUGGUGUGAUCAUAUAUUGGUCUAAUCGCCACGAUUUUAGGGCCGAUGAGACAAACCCAGUUGUUGAUGCUUUGUAUUUUUGUAUUGUGACAAUGUGCACAAUUGGGUACGGUGAUAUAACCCCUAAUAGCGCUGCCACAAAGUUGUUUUCCAUAAUGUUUGUGUUGGUUGGGUUUGGAUUUAUUGAUAUUUUGCUUUCUGGGAUGGUUAGUUAUGUGCUUGAUUUGCAAGAGAAUUAUCUUUUGAGAAAUGUGAAAGGUAGAGGAGAGCGGGACAAUCCGGGAUCUUAUAUAAUUGAUGUGAAGAAGGGGAGGAUGAGGAUUCGAAUGAAGGUUGGAUUGGCAUUGGGCGUUGUGGUUCUUUGUAUUGGAAUUGGAGCAGCUGGUAUGCAUUAUGUGGAGAAGCUUGAAUGGUUGGAUUCAUUUUAUCUAUCAGUUAUGUCAGUUACAACGGUUGGUUAUGGUGACAGGGCAUUCACGUCAAUGCCUGGCCGGAUUUUUGCAUCAAUUUGGUUGCUUGUGUCGACACUUGCUGUUGCUCGGGCUUUUCUGUACUUGGCUGAGGCUAGAGUCGAUAAGCGGCAUAGGAGGAUGGCCAAAUGGGUGCUUGGUCAGGAUAUGACAGUUGCCCAGUUCCUUGCUGCUGACAUUGACAAUAAUGGUUGUGUGAGUAAAUCGGAAUAUGUUAUAUACAAGCUUAAGGAGAUGGGAAAGGUUUCAGAAAAAGACAUUAUGCUGAUAUGCAAAAAGUUUGAUCGGCUUGACACUGGCAAUUUUGGGAAGAUUACUCUUGCCGAUCUCAUGGAAAGUCAUCGCUAAGAUGUGCCAAGAUUGGGUGUUUCCAAGUGGAAGGGGAAAGAAGGUACACUCCAUCGCAGAUUUGCGUGGAUAAAUACCUGAAUAAAAAUAUUUGCACAGAGGACCAUUCACAGAAUGGUUCACAGACAAGACAUAAGGUGCGUCUUGUGGGUCCCACCCUCUUGUGUCUUGUCUGAAUGGUUUUUGUACGCGUAGCGCAACUGUAAAUACCCUCACCCGUGCCCAUAAUAGAGCAGAGGAGAGAAUUCUCUUUCUUGUCAAGAUGUGGAAAAAGGGGGGCUAGUUUUCAUAGUGCUUGUAUGAACUUGACCGCCCCAACAUCUGAUUGCAGUGCCUGAGGAUCCUGACCAUUUGAUAUUAUCAGAUGGCUUGGAUGUGUAAGGGGGUAUUGAUUGUUGAUAGGAACAAUUUUUUUGUCUGCAUUUAUUGUUGUUGAUGUAUUUGAUUUAUUAUUCAUUUGCAAAUAUGUGAAGAAGGUAGGGAGAUUGGCUGAGUAAUCUGAGUCAUGUUACUGGGUUUAGUAAUCUCAGUCAUGUUACUAAUUUGAUGAA